CUGAUAGCCGCCAUGCAAGUCCAUGAUGCCGGCGUUGCACUCGGCGAGCACAAGAAUGGACUGAAAACAUACAAAGACUGUUUUGCUGGUUGUGAGUUAAUUGAGUGGUUGUUGUCGUGGUCAUUUGUCACAAUGAGGGAGGAAGGAUGUCAAUUAGCAAACAGUCUGUUGAACGAUGUGUAUCUUGAGCCGGUGGGAGGGUUGAGUAAAGGUGCGUUCAAGAAGCAUUUGCAUUCAAAGAAGUUGGCAUUCUUGGAUGGUGUAGGAGCUUUGUAUAGAUUUCUGGAGAUUCUUCUAAUGGACAGACACGGACACAUCAAGCUUGCAGACUUCUGUCUUUGUAAAGAAGACAUCACAAAAGACACAACGACCAGCACCUUCUGUGAAACACCAGAAUAUCUAACACCCGAGGUUUUAGAAGAAAGUGAUUACGGUCGAGCUGUUGACUGGUGGGGUGUGGGUGUGGUCAUGUAUGAGAUGAUUUGUGGUCGGCUGCCGAUUUAUAACAGAGACCACGAAGUGUUGUUUGAGCUCAUUCUGACUGAUGCAAUCAAGUUUCCUCAACGAGCGUCUUCUUUGUCAAGAUCUUUGCUAGCUAGACUGCUUGAGAAGGAUCCACGGAUAAGACUUGGUGGAGGUGAUCGUGGUGCAUCUGAGAUUAUGGAUCAUGCCUUCUAUAGCAACAUCAACUGGCAGGACAUUUACGAUCGCAAGGUUCCUCCUCUGUUUAUACUGAACGCGUCUGAGCAAGAAAUCGGUGACAAAUACAUUCCUGCCGAGUUCAAGUUGGAUACAGUAGCGAAUACACCAUUAGACCGUGCAGGUGCUCUGCAUGGUGGGGAAGGAGAGCCAUUUGAGCAGUUUACGUUUGUGGGUGACAAAGGCAAUCUGCACACAUGAUUUCGUUUGUAGGAUUUUUGUGGGAUAUCGUACAAAUUGCAGGUUGAUCAGUAGUCCGUUCAGGUUUAUGUAGUAGAUCAGCAGUCCGACGAGUUUAUGUGGAGGGAGAGGUAUGGCAAAACAAGGCAGCAAGCUUUACAAAACAACGUUGCUGACUU